UCCACUUGUCCUGAUUACAUAAACCUCUCAAAGCUUUAGACCAUUCAUGCAAACUGGUGUUUCAUGAUUCUGAACAGAAAAAAAAAAGUUUGCGUUUCAGGAUCAAGAGGAACAGAUCGUUGAUCAGUGAGUUGUUGUGCUUGAGAUCGAUUUACAGAUCUAUGGAGAGGUAUGAGAUUCUGAAAGAUAUUGGGUCUGGGACUUCUGGGGUAGCAAGGUUGGUAAGAGAUAUAUAUACCGGAGAACACUUUGCUGUUAAGUUCAUCGAGAGAGGCAACAAGAUAGAUGAAAAUGUACAAGAGGAAAUCAUGAACCACAGAUCCUUGAAGCAUCUCAAUGUUGUUCAAUUCAAAGAGGUCCUGCUGACACCAACUCAUCUAGCCAUUGUGAUGGAGUAUGCUGCUGGAGGAGAACUCUAUACGAGAAUAUGCAAGGCCGGCAGAUUUAGUGAGAAUGAGGCAAGGUUUUUCUUCCAGCAAUUGAUAUCAGGAGUUGCUUACUGCCAUACAAUGAAAGUAUGUCAUAGGGACCUUAAGCUUGAAAAUGCGCUCUUAGAUGACAGCACAGCACCUCGGGUGAAAAUAUGCGAUUUUGGAUCCUCAAAGUCACUACAACAUUCUCGGCAAAAAUCUACUGUCGGAACACCGGCUUAUAUUGCACCUGAGGUCAUCACUGAAACACAAUAUGAUGGAGCGAUUGCAGAUGUUUGGUCUUGUGGAGUCUCCCUAUAUGUUAUGAUUGUUGGAGCAUAUCCCUUUGAAGAUCCUCGGGACCAUUUGAACUUUAGAAAAACAAUUCUGCGGACGCUUACUGUAUGCUACUCAAUCCCUGAUAAUGUACGAGUUUCUGAGGAAUGUAGAGACUUGCUGGCUAAGAUAUUUGUGGCGAAGCCGGAAAAGAGAAUUAGACUUCCAGAAAUUAAGAAACACUGUUGGUUCUUAAAGAAUCUACCUAUGGAAAUGUGGGAAGGAGGAAGUUGGGAAAGCAAUGAAGUAAACUAUCCAUCCCAAAGCAUUGAAGAAGUCCAGUCCAUAAUACAAGAGGCAAGAAUACCUUUAAUGGUCCCAACUGUCAGUAGGCAUUGCGUUGGAAGCAGCAUGGCUUUUGACGAUGCUGAUGUUGGAGAUAUUCAAACAAGUUGUAAAUUCUCUGCUCAAAUGAUAUGA